GUAGCGUAGACGCAGUGGGACACUGAGUCAGUGAAGACUACACCGACGCACUACAGCCACACAACAAAUACAUAGAGAAUCGACUCGAAAUUGCGCGUCUGCGAGCCCGACUCGAGCGGUGUGAGACCGAAACCCUUUUCACCAUGGAGACUGCGGUAAAAACACAAUCUAAAAUGUGAGAUUUACGAAGGCAAUCAGAAGAGAGCGAGAGAGUGGCUUUACCACCUUAUCUUGAGCUGGUGAUCUCAAUUUUGUGCUCUGUCGUCGUCGCAGUGUUUCUGGGGUAAAAUGAAGAAGUUUAACAUCAGGAAGGUACUGGACGGCCUAAAGGAGCAGGCGUCUUCCUCGGCUUCGUCUGGCCAGUCGGGCACCCAGGAGAACAAUUUGAUGCAGGAGACCCUUCAGUCCGAGAAUUUUCAACUCUGCAAGACUGUCCGUCAUGGCUUCCCCUAUCAGCCGUCGUCCAUGGCCCAUGACCCAGUCCAGAAGAUCCUGGCCAUUGGGACCCAGAGUGGGGCCCUCAGACUGUUUGGUCGUCCAGGUGUUGAGUGCUACUGUCAACAUGAGAGUGGAGCCGCUGUCAUCUCGCUGCAGUUUCUCAUCAACGAGGGGGCGCUGGUGAGUGCUCUGGCAGACGACAGCGUGCACCUCUGGAACCUGAGGCAGAAGAGGCCCGCCAUCCUCCACUCACUCAAGUUCAACAGAGAGAGGAUCACGUUCGUCCACCUGCCCUUCCAGAGUAAAUGGCUGUACAUCGGCACAGAGAAAGGAAACAUCCACAUCGUCAACGUGGAGUCCUUCACACUCUCAGGCUACGUCAUUAUGUGGAACAAAGCCAUCGAACUAUCCUCCAAGGCCCACCCAGGUCCUGUGGUCCACAUAAGUGACAACCCCAUGGAUGAGGGAAAGCUUAUAAUUGGAUAUGAGUCUGGGAUCGUGGUCCUGUGGGAUCUGAAAUCAAAGAAGGCAGACUACCGCUACACUUAUGACGAGGCGAUCCACUCGGUUGCCUGGCACCAUGAGGGCAAGCAGUUCAUCUGUAGUCACUCAGACGGAACGCUCACCAUAUGGAACAUUAAGGGCCAGGGCAAGCCAUUUCAGACAAUCACCCCACACGGAAAACAGCCCAAGGAUGGAAAGAAGCCAGAGCCUUGCAAACCCAUUCUCAAAGUGGAGUACAAGACCACUAGACUGGGAGACCCAUUCAUGAUCCUGUCUGGAGGUCUGUCUUAUGACACGGUGGGUCGGCGGCCAUGUCUGACGGUGAUGCAUGGGAAGAGUACAGCCGUGCUGGAAAUGGAUUACCCCAUCGUAGACUUCCUCACGCUCUGUGAGACGCCAUACCCUAACGAUUUUCAGGAACCUUAUGCUGUAGUGGUCCUUCUAGAAAAGGAUUUAGUGGUGAUCGACCUUGCACAAAAUGGUUACCCCAUAUUCGAGAACCCCUAUCCACUGACCAUCCACGAGUCUCCUGUGACCUGCUGUGAGUACUUUGCUGACUGCCCUGUGGACCUCAUACCCGCACUUUACUCUGUUGGCUCCAGACAGAAACGACAGGGCUACAGCAAAAAGGAGUGGCCCAUCAGUGGUGGUAACUGGGGCCUUGGCACACAGAGCUACCCUGAGAUCAUCAUCACUGGGCAUGCUGAUGGGACUGUGAAGUUUUGGGAUGCUUCUGCAAUAAUGCUCCAGGUACUGUACAAGCUGAAGACGGCCAAGGUGUUUGAGAAGAGCAGGAAUAAUAAGGAGGACAAGCAGAACACAGAGAUUGUGGAUGAGGACCCGUUUGCCAUCCAGAUCAUGGCCUGGUGUCCUGAGAGCAGGAUGCUGUGUGUGGCCGGGGUGUCUGCCAACCUCAUCAUAUACCGCUUCAGCAAGCAGGAGAUCACCACCGAGGUUGUACAGCUGUUGGAGGUGCGUUUGCAGUACGAGGUGAAUGACAUGGAGUCCCCUCCAGAGGGGGGAGGCGGGGGGGACCGUGACCUGCCCACCCCCGGAGCAGCCUCACCCAGCCCCCAGACCACCGGACCCCCGACACACCCCUCCACCAGCAGCAACUCCUCUGACGGGGUCCGAGACAACGUACCCUGCCUUAAGGUGCGUAGUACCCCUCUGAAGCAGUCUCCAGGGUACCAGGUAGAGUUGGUGGUGCAGCUGGUGUGGGUGAGUGGAGAGCCCCCCCAACAGAUCACCAGCCUGGCCCUCAACUCCUCCUACGGCCUGAUUGUGUUUGGGAACAGUAAUGGUCUGGCGGUGGUGGACUACCUCCAGAAGACAGUGUUGUUGAACCUGGGGACAGUGGAGCUGUAUGGGUCUAACGAUCCCUAUCAGAGACAGCCUCGCUCUCCACGCAAGACACGCCAGCCUUCCGGAGGUAAUGGUCUGUGUGACAUCAACGAGAGUUCUGCCUCGGAGGACCGCUGCAAAUCCCCCACUUCAGUGUUGGCGUCAAACCAUCAGCAAUUCUACAAUGGAGGUGGGGGUAGAGGAGCAAAGAUGUCUCGGAAAUUAAGCUUGCCUACUGAGCUAAAGCCAGACUUGGUCCUCCUGUCUGUAUGUCCUCCACGGGGUGCCAACCCACUAGACCACCGGGACAACUCCUUCAGCCGUUCACGCUCCUCCUCCGUCACCUCCAUUGACAAGGAGGCACGCGAGGCCAUCACCUCCUUCCACUUCUGUGAGACGUUCGCCCGGAAGGGGGACAGCACCAUCACACCUUGCCUGUACGUGGGCACCUCCCUGGGCACAGUGCUGGCUGUGGCCCUCAACCUGCCCCCUGCUGGGGAACAGAGACUACUGCAGCCCGUCAUCGUCUUGCCUAGCGGUACCCUGGGGCGUCUGAAGGGCAGUAUCCUGAGGAUGGCCUUCCUGGACAACACGGGCACCUUCCUCCCCCCUGCCUUCGAGCCGUGGUACGAGCCCAACGCUGUGGGCGCCGACAGUGAGGAGCGAGACAAAGGCCGUAAACGCCGCCCGGUCUCUGUGUCGCCCUCCACCUCCCAGGAGCUGCAGGAGAGCCAGUAUGCGGUGGUGUGCUCUGAGAAACAGGCUAAGGUCAUAGCACUGCCCUCCCAGAACUGCAUAUUCAAACACAGCAUCACAGAGACAUCGUUCGUCCUGAGGGCUGACGUGGUCCAGAUGAACAUAGGGAACUGUGUGGCUUGCUUCUGUGCUAACGGACACAUCAUGACCCUCAGUCUGCCGGGGCUCAGACCGUUGCUGGAUGUAAACUACCUGCCGCUGACAGACAUGCGGAUAGCCCGGACCUUCUGCUUCACCAACCUGGGCCAGGCCAUGUACCUCACCUCCCCCACUGAGAUACAGAGGAUCACAUACAGCCAGGAGACCUGCGAGAACCUGCAGGAGAUGCUGGGAGAAUUGUUCACACCAGUGGAGACCCCGGAGGCUCCCAACCGAGGAUUCUUCAAGGGCCUUUUUGGGGGAGGAGCAACUUCCCUGGACAGAGAGGAACUAUUUGGUGAGACGCAGGCGGGUAAAGCGUCCCGUGGCCUUGCCCAGCACAUCCCGGGUCCUCAGGGCCUGGAGGGAAUGAAGGGGGCAGCCUCGGGCGUGGUGGCGGACCUGGCGCGUGCCCGGAUAGCGCUGGACGAGAGAGGGCAGAAAUUGGGCGAGCUGGACGAGAGGACGGCCGCCAUGCUGGCCAGCGCCGACUCCUUUGGCAAACACGCCCACGACAUGAUGCUGAAGUGCAAAGACAAGAAGUGGUACCAGUUCUGAUCUGAAAGAGGGGAGCAGAGCCAAAUGGACACAGUUUCAUCCAGACUCUACAUGCCCCCCUCCUCCAUCUCUCCAUCCAUCUCUCCUUCCAUCUGUCCUUCCUUCGCUGGACACGUGGGAUACUCUUCCCUAGCACAAGGUUGUAUACUGUAUUUACCUCAGUCAUAAGAUUUCAACUGAGGAACGGACUGGAGAGAAGGACAAACUGAGAAAAAAAGGUGUCCUCUUUAUUGUUGUCUUUUGUUUGUUUGUUUUCCCCUCUGUGGCCUGCCAGUUGGCUGGAGCUCUGGGGUUCCCUCAUCCUCAUUCGCCAAAAUGUUCUGUGCCGUCAUCUCUGCUCCAACCAAUCUGGGACCAGUAUACUAAAGACAAAAACAGACACAACUGAGAGAAAAAAAAUUAACAAUGAAGAAACAACGACUACAAAAAAAAUCUCAAAAUGGAAAAAGAGGAAAAAUAAAAUAUAUACAGAAUUAUAUAUACAUAAAUCUAUAUAAAUGAUCAACACUGUAUUCACUUCCAACUGUCAAGUGCAAAACAACAAGAGGACAACUUCACAGGUGAAGCGAAACUGGUGGUGGGCAAAAGAAGCUCUACUCAAAGUCACAGGAUGUGAUGUCAUAGUGACAGCCGCCUCUAUGCAGAGAGUUGCAGGAUAAAAAAAAAGCAAGUCAUUCCAAUGUACACUGGAUCCUCUCUCCUUGAUCCAACUAGACUCUCCUCAUCAUAUGGAUUCACUGUUUUUGUAUUGUUCCCAACUGUAUUAUACAUGUAUUAAUUUAUCUUUCCUCUUGUUUAUCGUUUGUUUUAUGCUCAGUCUGUUUUACUUGAAAUCUAUUUUAAUUUUUUCUUAAUUGUCGUGAACGUUGUGAAUUAUGAUAUAUUUUUAUUUGGACAUGUUGCCAGUAUGUUUUGUGGCUUUGUCAAACUCCCAUUCAUUUAUCCUUAUAAAAAGGGCUGGAUUCAAAAAGAGGGCAUGGAUACAAAAUACAUAGAUUUAUCAUUCAGAUCAGUACACGUCACCAUCAAUAAUUUGUCAUAUCAGGUGUCACACACACACACACACACACACACACACAUCAGAAAUCUAGAAGCAAGAUCAGAACUCUACAAGCAAGACUGUCAGUGUCUCCUCACCCUGAAGUGUUUAAUUUGACAUGUAAAUGGUACCUUCCUCACUGACCUCUUCAUGCCAUUAACAUCUACUACAGUUUGGGUUUAAUAGUGACUCUGUGUGAAUUAUGUCAGUGUUACAGUAGGCCUAUACACUGCUGGUGUAUCCAGACCUAUUGAAUUGGUUUUCAGGAGUAAUACUGUAUGGACGUGAUCCUGAAGUGCACGUAAACUUGGAGAUUACUACAGUAUAUACACAUGGGAAUAAAACCUAUUUGUGUGUGUUCAUUUAUGCAGGACUGUAUAUGUACAUUCAGGCAAAGUCAUACGUUUUUGAAGACAGAAACCUGUUUUUUUGAGAAUUGUCCAUAAAAUAACUUUGUGAGUGGUCUAUUAAUUCACAUUUUAUUGAUUGAAGUGUAAGAGACGCUGCUAUAUGUGUGGUGUGUCGGAACCGUCCUUUGUUUAGAGAUCUGUUUCUGUCCCCAUUUCAUUGGUGAAAACUCUCAUUUGUGUCUCCUUCAAUGUUCUGCCAGGCUUCUCUACCAUUCUGUUGUAAAUAGGUAAAUAGUUUGACAAUCUAAAACCAAUUGAAAAGUGUUUGACGUUGCUCAAGCAAGCGACACAAGGACAGCUGCCAUAUUUUUUCUGACGCCAAAGAGUUACUUUAGCUUCCGUUUCAUUGUUCUAUUACUCAACUUGGCAUUCCAGGUGUUUCACUAAUUGAAAUACAAUAGGCCUAGGUGUGUCUAUACAGGGCCUUGGGAACUGUGCAUUCUGACUCAGUCACUGGGCUAGGUUCCAUUCUGAAGACAUUCUUCCUUCCCUAAGACCUUUUCGACUCUUCCUGAUAGGAGAUGGCUGGUUAGGUUGGAGCAAGAUGACAGUAACUCAACUGUGAGGCCACUAGUGAUGGUAGCAAGUUUUCAGAAUGGAACACAACUAUUGUAUUCACAACAUUGUGCCCUUCAUAAAAGUUUUAAAGUGGUAUUUGGCUAACUUCUAAAACAGCCUUUGACCAGCACAGUAUCUUUAAAAGGUAGACGUUGCCAUGAGCAGCACAGCAGAUAUUGAGAUGAGCGAGAUGCAAGACUUCGCUCUCACACAAUCACACAGUAUCAGCGCAUGUGCGUGGGUUCGCUUCACACUGUUACAGCAUGGUAGCCAGGGUGCCAAAAUAGCGGAGAAGUUGAGCAUCGUGCUUCAACGCUCUUAGUUGUUGCGGAAAUUGACCCACUAUGCCGUUUACUUUCUGCGUCUAUGUCAUAUCGCUGAGUCUACUUUAAAUUUUCAACUUUGUGGUCUUUUCCUUUCCUAUUUUUAGUUGUACAUUGUUCUUUGACAUUUUUUGUGCUAUAUGAUCGACAAUGUCUUUCUUGUCUGAAAUACUUGAUUUCCAUGACCAAGCAAUCUGUGUCCAAUCAAUUGUGGGAAAUCACCAAGAAAAAAGAAAAAAAAAGAAAAAAGAAACAACUCAGUAACCACGGUAACUAGAGGAUGUCUGCAUCAGCAGGAUGAUGUAACCUCUGUGUAAUGUGGCUCCAUCAUAGACCGGCCUCGCAUGUUCAGUGUCUCAGUCUGCAUACAUCAUGCUUCAGCUCUCCCGCGCUCAUCUUCUAAUGCAUUCUCCUACUCUGGUUAAACUUCCAAGUGGCUAAUUUUGGUGAUACUAACUAACAGGUUUGGUCUCCUUCUCUGUGUUCUAGUAUGCAUUGUUGUGUGGAUGUCGGUAGGUAGCCCUGCUUCAAUCGUCCAAGGAUAAAAAAAUACUUCAGGAAAAAAACUAGUCUAUGAUUGAGGUCCUUCCCUUCCCUUCUAGCUGUCUUUUCUUUUUCUGUUAGAUUCUCUGUGUUUUUUGUUGUCUGUGAGUGAGUUGUUUCUUGUCCACACUCAGUAUGCAGUAUUCUUCUUACCUGGUAUGAUUCAUACUAAUUUACAAGAGGGAGUCUGUCUGCCAUAAUGCAAUGUCUGUCCUGGAUUUAACAGUUAUCAGUGGGUUGCAGUAUUUUCUCAUUGUAGCCAAUUUUCUUGUACAGUUUUAUGCAAAUUUCACAUGGAUGUUUAUGACUUUAUCUGCUGCCACAAACAAUUUAGAAAUUAUGUAGAUAGAAAUGACUGUGCAAUGGAAAAUAAAAGUGGAAAAAAAUGCA